UCUCUCUCUCUUGCUCGCUCGCUCGCUCUCUCUCUCUCUCUCUCUCUCUCUCUCUCUCUGGUUUUUCAAUAUGAUGCCUCUUUUGGCCUUUAGUUUGAGAGCUGAGUGAUUGGUUGCGGAUUUCGUAGGCGGGUUUUGGUGGAAUCCGUGUUUGGGUGAGGAGAUUUGUUGGGAAGCUGUGAGAUGGAGAGAGACUUUUUAGGUUUGAGCUUGAGCGAACCAUCGGGUGUUGUGAAGAAGGAAGAGAUUAGCAGUGAGGCUUGCAGAGACUCUGUACUAAAGAUGUCAGGGUUGAAUGGAUGGAUGACAUGGCUUUCUUGCAAUCUGUAGGACUGAACAAAGUUUCGGGAACAAAAUGGCCAUUAUUGGACAAGUUCUGUGCAGUUCCUGAUUUGAAGCUAGAGCUGCCGGGAGGUGUUGUUGUUGCCACUCCAAAUUCAGGUCUUCUAGGCGCCGCUUCUACAUUGGGAACCACUGAACCGAGAAAUGCUGUCAAGUCUUAUGGGCCUCCUCAACUGACCAUCUUCUACGCGGGUAACGUGAUUGUUUACGAUGACAUCCCUCCCGAAAAGGUCCAGUCUAUCAUGUUCCUGGCAGGGAGUGGGACUUCUAAAUCUCCUAAGACAUCGCACUCAAGAUCUUAUGUUCAAGCGCCUACCCCUGGGAAUAUCAUUGGCAAUCAUGGGGUUCUGAAGCAGCCUACUACACGGCCUUGCUCUGGCCUUUCGAGCCCAUUCUCAGAGGUCUCACAUCUGGCUCCUAAGUUGGGGAGUGGACCCGGUAACAUGGAGAAAGGUAACACUGAAGGAGUUACUGCUCUGAGCAAAGUGGACAAUCCAAAGACGGUUGGGGCCAUGAGAUCAAUUUCUGCAACGACCAUGGUAUCGGCUGCCAUCCCUCAGGUUCCUACGGCAUCCUUGGCUCGGUUCUUGGAGAAGCGCAAGAAAAGGGUAGCAAAUGCCGCACCAUACAGCCUCAGCAAGAACUCGUCUCUGGAGUGUGCCACCCCAUCCUCCGGUCCCCUGAAGCUCUCUUCUGGUCCUUCUAUGGACAAGGACUGUACUCAGUGAUGUGUAAGCCUUUUAGGAUUUGAUGUGCUUGAUUUUCUUGUUUGCGUAAUGAGUAUUGGCGUAGUCUGUAAUGUUCCGGUGCGGUCCUUGUACGGCCUAAAUAGUGUCUCAGCAACGGUACUUGCUGUAACCUAGUCAUGAGCUGAAUCGUCUGUUCAUUCGUGCAACGAAAAGGCUUUCUGAUUCAA